UUAAGGUCCGCGUCUGGUAGUUGAUAUAUAAAAAAAUCAAAUGCAUUUGUUUUAAAAAUGGAAGUCGGUAAAGUAUUUAAUAGUUUCAAUGAACUUAAGCAGGCAAUUGAAGAGUAUGAAAAAUCAAGUUUUAUAUCAUUAUAUGUUCGCGAUAGUCGAACCAUUGAGUUAGCGAUCAAAAAAGGUUUGAAGCGCUCUAUUAAUAAGGGAUUAAAAUAUUAUUAUUUAACAUAUUGUUGUUAUCAUGGUGGGCGCCAGUUUAAGUCAAGAUCUAAAGGUAUUCGUCCAAAUCAAAGCACAUAUAACAUCAAAUGCCCAUUUACUAUUUGCAUUGGAGUCACUGAAGAUGGAGAGCAGUUCUGUGUUGUUAAAGUUAUUAAUGAGCACAAUCAUGCAAUUAAUAAAGUAAUAAGUAUAAAUUUGUUUAUUUAUAUUAAUCAUAUAAAUUUUUGAAACAAAUGUCAGUGUGAAUGUCAAAUAUUUUUUAGAUAUUUUAUAAUUGUAUCAAAAUAUGUCACAGGACACGUUACUAAAGGUUAAAAAAAGUUAAAGUAGGUAUGUGCGUAAAAAAUUUCGUAAAAAAAAAGAAUGACUCUACAAAAAGUUAUGCACCCUUAAGUAACAAAAUUGGACUAGAAGAACUGAUGAAAACUGCUACCUAUUUUAGAAUGUCAUAUUUGGCUAUUUUUGCUACGAAUAUUUGGCUAUUUUUGCUACGAAUAUUAUACGUCAUAUUUGGCUAGUUUUGCUACGAAACUUUAUUGUUAUUUGUUCAAUAUUUUGCUUUAUUUACAAUAUUUAAACUUAAGUACCAAUUAUUUUUCAAUGAAAUUUUUAACCACUAUUAAAUAUAAAAGUAAUUAAAGUCUUGCUGGGUGGGUCAGCAUUGUUUAAAACCCAAAAAUGACUAAAAUAUGACUAAUUAGCAAGGGCAAUAUUAUAUUUAGUUCAAAAAGUAAUUAAAAUGAACACAAAAGUAAGUUUUUAUAAAGGGUGUUUUGACAAAAAUUAGGCAAUUUUUUUUAUAGUUACUGUUUUUAUAAAAUUUUAAGAGUAAGGGAAAUUCUUUAUUGCGCAGAAAUUUACAGGGAAUCUAAAUCUGCAAAAAAAAACAUGUCUUGCUAGGAGGCUCGCUUAGUUUUAAGCGGGAAAAUGACUAAUAUUUGACUAAUUAAGGAGAAACUAUAAAUGAAAAAUAAAUAAAUUUUAAAAAUAUUUUUUGAAUUUGUAAAACUUCAUAUUUGGUUAAAAAGUCAUUAAAAUAACUACAUAAAGUAGGUUUUUGGUUUACAUUAUUUUUAGAAAAAUUAAGUGAUUUUAUCUAUGUUAUGUCUAUGUUAUCGUAGGA